AUGAACUUUACACAGCAGCUGUGGUCUGUGAAGGAGUGGGGCCGAGUGAUGGCCACAAGGAGCGAGUACGUCACGAUUGUGCACGAGGCGACCAACGAUGAAAAAUGGGGGCCGACGGGGCCGCAGAUGGAUGCCGUAUGCAACGCCUACCCCCGGGGCGGCCCCGAAAUCUUGAACGAACUGCGCAGCCGCCUCAACAACCGCGACAAGUCCUGGCGCCCGUGCUACAAGUCGCUGCUCGUCAUCGACUAUCUCGCCCGGAACGUCGAAGACCGUUUCCUGCCGGAGAUCUGCGCCUUGGUGCCCCUCAUGCGCACCAUUUCCACCAGCUUCUACUACACUAACCCCAAGGGUGUUGAUCACGGCGUGUCAGUGCGGGAGCGGGCAAAGAAGGUUGCGGACCUUCUCAGUGAUGGCCUGCAGCUGCGCGAGGAGCGCAUGGUAGCCGCGCAGAUCAAGGAGAAGCUCGCCCACAACGCUAGCGAUGGCGGCGGCCCGAACAGCGGAGCUGGCGGCCACGGCGGCUUUUACGGUGGUGGGUAUGGCGGCAGCCAAGAUCGUGAACGAUACCGCGGCUCUGGCAAGGGCUCCCGCCAGGCCUAUGACUCCUACCGCUCCUCGCCGCUCCCUGGAACGGUUCCGCAGCGCCCGCGCACCAAGGAGGAGCAGGAACGGUUCGACAUGGAGAUGGCGCUGCGCUUGCAGCGUGACGAAGAGCGCCGCAGCGGCAUUUCGGCCGAGCAACUGGAGGAGAUGUACGCAACUAAAGUCCGCCAGCGCCAGAACGAGGCUGACCGCCAGAAGUUGACCGCGGAGGACGACGAGAGACUCGCCAUGCGACUCCAGCAGGAGGAGGAGGAACGGGCGCGGCGCGAGGGUGUAGCGUUGCCGACACUGAACUCGGACAAGCCAUCCAGCACGCCACUAAAGCCCCCCUCGCCCAAUCCGCCCGCGACGAAUGCGCUGGAAGAACUCUUCGCACCUCCCCUCUUCCCCCAGCCUGCUGUCGCCGCCCCUGCCUCGUCAGCGGACCCCUUCGAUUCCUUCCUCGACUCCCGCGCCGGACUUGCGCCACAGCAGAACACGUGGGGCCAGACCCAACAACCACCGACCUGCGUUCAGAACCAAUGGGGACAGCCACAGGCUGUCAACGACGCUUGGGGUGCACCACAGCAAUGGCCGCAACAGUCCAUGGUGCCACCGCAACAGUCCAUGGUGCCACCGCAACAGUCCAUGGUGCCACCGCAACAGUCCAUGGUGCCACCGCAGCAGUCCAUGGUGCCACCGCAACAGUCCAUGGUGCCACCGCAACAGUCCAUGGUGCCACCGCAACAGUCCAUGGUGCCACCGCAACAGUCCAUGGUGCCACCGCAACAGUCCAUGGUGCCACCGCAACAGUCCAUGGUGCCACCGCAACAGUCCAUGGUGCCACUGCAACAGCCCAUGGUGCCACCGCAACAGUCCAUGGUACCACCGCAACAGCCCAUGGUGCCACCGCAACAGUCCAUGGUGCCACCGCAACAGUCCAUGGUGCCACCGCAGCAGUCCAUGGUGCCACCGCAACAGUCCAUGGUGCCACCGCAGCAGUCCAUGGUGCCACCGCAACAGUCCAUGCCGCUGCCGCAACAGCAGCAGGUCACCCCUUGGGGACAAUCCACCACCGCCUCCACAGGCAACUCGUGGGGGCAGCCUCAGCAGCAGCCGUCGAACUCUUGGGGUAAGUUUCAGCAGCAGCCUCAGCCUGGCACUUGGGCCCAGACAUCUGCACCAGGUCCGCAGCUGUCCGAUACGUGGGACCAGUCACCGUUAAAUACCACAACGAGGACUGUCGACUGCUCGAGCAGCGUGGGUAACAUGGACAACAUGUGGGGUGCAUUGCAGCAGUUCUCCAACCAGCAGCAUAAGUGA